CCGACAUCUAUAUAAGAUUUUGCAUCUGCAUUAAUGCCCAGGUAGUAGAUAACGACCUGAAAGAGGGGCAUGUUCCAUUCAUCUCUCUCUUUACUCACUGAAUUCCGACAUAUAUACAUGCAUCCUUCAAUCCUGUUGUACUUCCCAGCUACAUGUACCUAAGCCUGCCUCCAUCACCAACAUACUCCAAUCACGAUUCCACGACACCAUACCGUUUGCUUUGCUUAAAAUCACCACUUGCCUUUACUUGCUGUUUUCACUCAUCUCUUCACGGUAGUUUCUCUAUAAUACAAUCACGGAGGUCUUGAGAGACCGUGGGUAUCGACGCUACAGAUCGUAUACAUCUCCUAUUGUUAGAGCGGACUCACCGGAUAUAUACAAAAUGGGCGAUAUCAACAAUGUCAACAAGCCUGUUGGCGACAUGGCCUUGUAUAACUUGGAGAGAGCCAACCGACGUCUAGAUGCGCUACAAGGCAAACCCACAUGGGACCUCGACGACACGGCGGAUUUCGAUUGCAUGCACUACUUAGGCAAUACUGCCUUGGAGAAUGCAGGCCAGACGUUAGGGAUGCAACAGGGGCAAACUGUCGUCGACAUUGGCGCCGGCUUCAGUGCCACUGGCCGCUAUUUGCACAAGCAUUACGGCGUUGAUGUCACGGGCAUCGAACUGCAGCCCGAGAUUCACCAGCUCGCUGAAAUCAUUACCAAAAGAAAUGGUGUCUCUGAAAGUGUACGCUCAGUCAACGCUGACUUUACAAAGCUAACUCUGGAUAUUCCUGUCGACUACAUUGUCUCAUUCCUGUGCAUUCUGCACAUCCCCGACAGAGACAUAUUGUUCCAAAAAGCAGCCAGCACGCUCAAGUCGGGAGGUAAAAUCUACAUUGAGGACUUCUUUGCUCAGACAGCAUUCAGUAAAGACGCUGGAGGCCAAUUACGCGACGUGCUAUCUUGCCCUUACCUACCGAGCCGGGAUCAGUAUAUAAGCGACCUGACAAAUGCCGGCUUCCAUGACGUUCAAUUUGAGGACAUGUCAGAGGAGUGGACCGAGUUUGUCCACGAACGGGCAGUCAACAACCGCCAAAAAGGGACAACCGAUGCGCCCCUUACUCUAUUCUACGAUACUGUUGAUGCGUUGUUUUCUAGCCGUCAGUUGGGUGGUGCGCGCAUCACUGCCACCAAAGCAUAACAUGUGUGUUUCCACAUGUAUACCUUGUUAAUUAGAUAAUAUCGGAUGCUACCUGGUCACUAUCAUAAAGUGAAGUUCAUGUUGAAUAUGGUAAUCACAUAUGGGGAUGCUUAUUCGCGUCGACGUUUAUGUGGGAAGAGAUGUUAUUUGCUGAAGAAUUGGCAUCGCUUGACAUUCGAAUCAAGGCCAUUGCCGACGCUGCCAACGAAUUACAUGAUUAAUGGAUGACUCUCUCGACAUUUAUUUAUCCCCAUUUAUACACCGUAGUCAGAUACUAGUAUCCGGAUGGGCAUCCGUGUCAUGUUUGAAGGCGCCGCCGAGACAUAUGAGAGUAGAGCUAAGAAGUCAUGGUGACUUUAGACGGCAGUUAGAGUGAGCAUAAUUCAGCUCAUGCUUAAUUAAUUUGCGUUAAGACUGUUAUGGAUUUAUAUGCUAUAUUGGAAUUGCCAUAUAUGUAAACAGUG